GCGCGAUUGAGAAUUGAGCUCACAGCGCGAUCUUAGAAGAAAUCGAUAUGAUUGAAAUCAUAGCCCAAAUGAGUAAGCAUGAAUGGCGAUAUAUUAUCUGGCCCUGUGGCGAUCUCAAUUGCAUCCUAAUCUUCUGGAAAGGGUCGCCAUAUAUUUCAGCAUUCACAAUAUAUCACUGUUGUUAGUGUUUUAUACAGACUUUCCAUUUUCCUUCCGCAUAAGAAUCGGCAAGCGUAAGGUGUCUACCGGCCAUACCGUGAGGAAAUCAUGGCUUCUGAAGGCAAAGUGCCUAUGAAUGAUAACGAAAUCCGUUACCUUUCAAGUCUGACGAAUGAAGAUCGAGCUGUCAUGCUGCAACAAUGGCUUGUUCAAUGGUGGUAUCCGGUUAUACUGCAUCCCAGUCGCGAGCCAUCGGAUCUCAACGGGUAUAUUGUACCCGGAAUAGCACUAUUAAAACGAAUUGCUGCCUAUGAAGGCAAGGGUAAGCUUGAUCUCAUGCGUCAAGCUAAGGAGAAGUUUUAUGGAGAGAACCAUUUUCUCGUGUGGUUGUAUGGGAUACAACAUUUCUUUAACGGUGCCACCACAGGCGGAGGAGAGGUGGACGACAUCGUGCGCAAUGUCACUGUACGAUGCAAUAUAAGUGAUCACGAAAAAAACGGGAAGAAUUUGGUUACUGAAUUGGAAAAUCUCUUUCGUUUCAAAAAAGUAGAUCGUCUGACACUAGAGAUUUUCGGAGAAGGGACAUUGGAAGGGAGCGAUUUGAAGACACAGCGGCUUAUACAAGAUAUUUGUCCCAUUGUUAAACGACUUAUGAUUUUUUUUGGUACUAGGUUCAACAUCCAAAAAGGGUCUGGGAUAUCGCCACUUCUUCCGAGUUCUGAAUAUCGUCGCUUAACAUCUUAUUGGGACCCCCCACAAGUCCCAGCCAGGCAGAGGGUAUGCUCAGGUGGAGCCACGUUUAAGGAGCUUAUGCAGGUACAAGUGGAAUCUUGGCUAGCUGAUAAAAGCUACGACGAGCAAAAAGACAAUCUCAAUCACGGAGGUAUAGCGGAUCCCUGGAACGCCCAGGACGCACCUGAUAGCCUAUUUGGGGACUCAGAGGAUUGUACUUUCUUUAAGGAAUAUAUUCUCUCGCAAGAGUGGAAUAACCCCCCUAUGCUCGAGUGUUUCCUCCCAUGAAAGAGCAUUCCAUGCGACCUCUAAAAAGGCAUGCGAGGUAUGCAGAUAAACUUACAUACUUCCAUAGAACAGAAUAUUAAAUACACACAUACUGUACAUAUUGUUUUGCG